UUUGAUAGCACCGGCAGUUCAAACUAGAAGAGCAACAAAACCCAAAACUGGUGACAGAGGUGUUCCAGAAGUUGGCUCGGGUUCACGCCAUGGAUGUGCCCAUUAAGAGGACCCAUUGGUUCUUCGCAGAAAUGGACAGAUUUUAUGGAUUGGCACAAAACAAUCUUAACCCUCAUAUCAAUAAUAAUGAGUACAAUUUGGAGACAUUUAAGAAAUAUGAUCUCAAAACUGAAUUAGAAUUAAUUAAAGAAUUACUGGUAAAGUCCAAGAGUCCAAUGGUUUUCACUCACAAUGACUUCAGAAGCGCUAAUAUUAUGGUAUUGGAGGACAAUAAUAACAACAAUGACCUAUCAGAUGGACAGGUAGUUUUAUGUGACUUCGAGUAUUCGAGUUAUGGAUUCCGUGGACACGAUUUUGGAUACAUAAUCAGCGAAUGGGGUCGAUCUAUGAGCGACUUCGCAAAGCCAUAUACUUUUCCCGACGACUCCGUACUUUUAUCACUCAUUGAUAUCUACAUCAAAGAAUCGGUCAGAAUAUUGGGUAAACAAUAUUCUGACGAUAAAAUCAAUUCAAGAGAGCAGUUACUAAAAGAAAUGAAAAUAUUCACACUAUCCGGCUGUUUGUUUAUGACUGUAUUUAUGCUAACAAACGAUGAGAACGCAGCCGAUUCCUUUGAAUUGAACAAAAAAGUUAUGAUGGAAAUAUGUGAAGUGGCGUAUAAAGGCUAUUGGCAUAUCAAGGAUCAAUUGAUGGAACAACACUUUUUUGAUAAUUUAUAAUUAUUAUGAUAAUCAGC